GCCGCCGCUGCUGUCCCCCGCGCCCGCCACUUCCGGGGCCGCAGUCCCGGGCAUGGAGCCUCUAGUGUGAGGCCCCUCCGGCCCCGGGACGCCUUGCCCAGCCCGGCCGCCACUCCGCGCCGGCCCCGAGCCCGGUCUGUGUCCCACGCCGCCUGCAGCUGGAAUGGAGGCUUUCUGGACCCUCUAGAAGGCUCCCCAACCCUCCUGAGGUCAGCCGAGUGGUUAAUGCGGAAGGUUAAGAAGCUCCGCCUGGACCACGAGAACACAGAAGGUUGGAGAAGCUUCUCACUGAAUUCUGAGGGGACAGAGAGGAUGGCCACCGGGGCAGCAGUGUCUGACCGGGGUGACGUGGUCGAGAUGGAGGACCCGGCAUCCCGCUUCCAGGUGCAGAAGCACUCGUGGGACGGGCUCCGGAACAUCAUCCACAGCAGCCGCAAGAACUCGGGCCUGAUCGUCAACAAGGCUCCACACGACUUCCAGUUCGUGCAGAAGACGGACGAGUCGAGCCCCCACUCCCACCGCCUCUACUACCUAGGGAUGCCCUAUGGCAGCCGCGAGAACUCCCUCCUCUACUCGGAGAUUCCCAGGAAGGUCCGGAAAGAGGCCCUGCUGCUCCUGUCCUGGAAGCAGAUGCUGGAUCACUUCCAGGCCACUCCCCACCAUGGGGUCUACUCUCGGGAGGAGGAGCUCCUUCGGGAGCGGAAGCGCUUGGGGGUCUUCGGCAUCACCUCCUACGACUUCCACAGUGAGAGCGGCCUCUUCCUCUUCCAGGCCAGCAACAGCCUUUUCCACUGUCGGGACGGGGGCAAGAAUGGCUUCAUGGUGUCUCCCAUGAAGCCCCUGGAAAUCAAGACCCAGUGCACUGGGCCCCGGAUGGACCCCAAGAUCUGCCCUGCCGACCCCGCCUUCUUCUCCUUCAUCAACAGCAAUGACCUGUGGGUGGCCAACAUCGAGACAGGCGAGGAGCGGCGAUGCUGGAUCCUGUACACAGCCCCCGUGGCCAUCCCCUUCACGGCUGCCUGGGGCCCCCUUCACCUCUUCCUUUCCUUACUUCCAGAUGAAUUUAAAUGCCCCAUCAAGGAGGAGAUCGCGCUGACUAGCGGUGAAUGGGAGGUUUUGGCAAGGCACGGCUCCAAGAUCUGGGUCAACGAGGAGACGAAGCUGGUGUACUUCCAAGGUACAAAGGACACGCCCCUGGAGCACCACCUCUAUGUGGUCAGCUAUGAGUCGGCGGGCGAGAUCGUGCGCCUUACCACACCCGGCUUCUCCCACAGCUGCUCCAUGAGCCAGAACUUCGACAUGUUCAUCAGCCACUACAGCAGCGUGAGCACCCCGCCCUGCGUGCACGUCUAUAAGCUGAGCGGCCCCGACGAUGACCCUCUGCACAAGCAGCCCCACUUCUGGGCCAGCAUGAUGGAGGCAGCCAGCUGCCCCCCGGAUUACGUGCCCCCGGAAAUCUUCCAUUUCCACACGCAGUCGGACGUGCGGCUCUACGGCAUGAUCUACAAGCCCCACGCUGUGCAGCCAGGGAAGAAGCACCCCACUGUCCUCUUUGUGUAUGGAGGCCCCCAGGUACAGCUGGUGAAUAACUCCUUCAAAGGAAUCAAGUAUUUGCGGCUCAACACACUGGCGUCCCUGGGCUACGCCGUGGUCGUGAUCGAUGGCAGGGGCUCGUGUCAGCGAGGGCUUCGGUUCGAAGGGGCCCUGAAAAACCAAAUGGUAACAUCACUCCACAGUUUCUCUGGGUCUUUCCUGUGUGGUGAGGGCAGCCCUGGGGCUCGGGGGCAGCUCUGGAACACCUCCUCAAGGCCAGUCCCGGCCAGGAUGCCAGGCAUAAAAGUAGGGCAGCCUUUCGGAACCAAGGAGAAUGUCCACUCUGAUGCUGUGCUCUGAGCCACACCCCAUGGGGAGACAGGUGUCUACACAUCCCACCUGGUGCCUGAGGCCCAGAUGAGCCAAACAUUUCAGUAUGGGCCCCGUCAGCAGGAAGUCCCAACGGCUGGAACAGACAGGGACUGAUGGCUAUAGAAGUGGUGCUAAUGGUG